AUGGUUGACGAGCAACGCAUUUUAAGAACUCUGGCAGGUGGUUGGUCGUUGCUUUCGGAGACACUAAAAUCGUAUGGAGAGAGAGUUUGGCAUAUUCUAAUUCUGAAGAGCUGCCCUUUGUGUAAGGUUGGUUCAUAUGGUAACGGUGAUAGAACGAGCAAAACAUGUGAACUCGGUUGUGUAUAUUUUGUCUCUCUCUUUCUUUCAAUGAUGAUAGGUUUAAUAUAUUACGUGGCAAAACACCCGAUAUUCUUUCUAAAAGGCAUUUUUUGUUGCUUCUUCUGA